AUGUCGACAACCGCAACCACCACCACAACAACCGCGGAGGCACAGACCAGGCUUUCCACAGCCGAUCAAGACACCCCUGCGGCUGGGCAGAGAGCACAUAAGCGUCUGCACUACAUCCCACGUCCAGCUGACAAGCACGAGGAAAGGAAAUGGCAGCUCGAGCACAUGGCUGGUGCCUUCCGGGUGUUUGCAAAGCUAGGCUACUGCGACGGUGCCAGUGGACACAUCAGCCUCAGAGAUCCUGUUGACACCAACACAUUCUGGAUCAACCCCUAUGGAAUCCACUUCGGCCUGCUCAAGGCCUCCGAUAUGGUGCGCGUCGACGAAGAAGGCAACCGGGUCGGAGGCGCAGACCUUCCUGUGCCAACGGCUGGCUUCCUCAUUCACAGCCAGAUCCAUCAGGCGCGGCCCGACAUCAAUGCUGCGUGCCACUUGCACAGCCCCUACGGACGUGCUUGGUCGACGUUCGGCAAGCCGAUUGAGAUGCUCAACCAAGACUCAUGCAUGUUCUACAAUGACCUCUCUGUGUAUGCGGGCUUUGGUGGCGUUGUCUUCGCAAAGGACGAAGGCAUUCGCAUCGCCAAGGAGAUGGGCCCGACCAACAAGAACAUCAUUCUCCAGAACCACGGCAUCUUGACCGCUGGAGGAACCGUUGAUGAGGCGGCUGCCUUCUUCAUCGCUCUGGAAAGGGCGUGCCACUGCCAGAUGGUGGUGGAAAAUGCCGCGUUGGCGAAUCCCAGCCUCAAGAAGACUUACGUCGGCCACGAGGAAGCCGAGUACACGAAGAAGGGCACAGGCUCACCUGAGGUCAUGUUCAUGCAGUUCAAGAACGAGUAUGAUAUGAUCGUGAAGGAGAGCGGUGGAGAUUUCUUGCUAUAG